AAUCAUCCUUCUGGUGAUUGACUCCAGCAGAUGUGACUGUGAGGCUUGCGCCGCUGAGCGAGAAGACACUACCGCAGGCAUGCCACUGGCGCGCAGUUUGUCGGUCACCUCCCUGUCCGGCCUGGAGGAAUGGGAUGAAGAGUUUGAUCGGGAGGAUGCAGUCCUGUUCGAGAUCGCAUGGGAGGUCGCUAAUAAAGUUGGUGGCAUUUACACGGUGAUCCAGACCAAGGCACGCCUGACCUGCGAGGAAUGGGGUGAGAACUACUUUCUGGUGGGCCCGUAUAUGGAGUCCAGUGUCAGGACGCAAGUGGAGCUGAUCGAACCCUGCAAUGCGACACUCAGGAGAACCAUUGACAAAAUGAACAGCAGUGGAUGCAAGGCAUAUUUUGGUCGAUGGCUGAUUGAAGGCUCUCCAUAUGUGAUUCUGCUAGAUGUGGGCUUCACAGCCUGGUCUCUGGACCGCUGGAAGAUUGAAUUGUGGGAGAAUUGCAGUAUUGGUGUGCCCUGGUUCGACAGAGAGGCAAACGAUGCUGUUCUCUUUGGCUUCCUCACUGCAUGGCUACUGGGAGAGUAUGCAGCUCAGUGUGACGAACCUCCUCACAUUGUAGCGCAUUUUCACGAGUGGCUGGCGGGUUUAGGACUCGUCUUAUGCAGGCAGCGCCAGUUACCCGUAGCAACCAUCUUCACCACACAUGCCACGCUGCUCGGCCGAUACCUGUGUGCUGGGAGCGUUGACUUCUACAACAAGCUCGCUGAGUUCAAUGUGGAUAAAGAGGCAGGUGACAGGCAGAUCUAUCAUCGGUACUGUCUGGAGCGUGCAGCAGCCCGCUGUGCACACGUCUUCACCACCGUCUCUCAGAUCACUGCCAUUGAAGCCGAGCACUUACUAAAGCGGAAACCAGAUAUCGUGACUCCAAAUGGCCUGAAUGUGAAGAAGUUCUCAGCCAUGCACGAGUUCCAGAACCUCCACGCUCAGAGUAAAGCGCGCAUCCAGGAGUUUGUCAGAGGCCAUUUCUACGGGCAUUUAGAUUUUAACCUUGACAAGACAGUAUUUCUCUUCAUUGCUGGACGCUAUGAAUUCUCAAAUAAAGGAGCUGACCUCUUUCUUGAAGCAUUGGCUAGACUUAAUUACCUGUUGAGGGUGAAUCACAGCGAGGUGACCAUAAUAGCAUUCUUCAUCAUGCCUGCUCGUACCAACAACUUCAACGUGGAGACCCUGAAGGGCCAAGCCGUACGGAAACAGCUCUGGGACACUGCACAGACUGUGAAGGAGCGCUUUGGGAAGAAACUCUACGAAUCACUUUUAGUAGGGCAGCUGCCUGAUGUGUCUAAGAUGUUAGAUAAAGAGGACUUCACCAUGAUGAAACGUGCCAUCUUCGCCACCCAGCGCCAGUGCCUGCCCCCCAUCUGUACUCACAACAUGCUGGAGGACAGCAGUGACCCCAUCCUCAACUGCAUCCGCCGUAUCGGCCUCUUUAACAGUGCUCAGGACAGAGUCAAGGUAAUCUUCCAUCCAGAGUUUCUCUCCUCAACUUCUCCUCUCCUGCCAAUGGACUAUGAGGAGUUUGUGAGAGGCUGCCAUCUUGGAGUAUUUCCAUCUUACUAUGAACCCUGGGGAUACACACCAGCUGAGUGUACAGUGAUGGGCAUCCCAUCGAUCUCCACUAACUUGUCUGGGUUUGGCUGUUUCAUGGAGGAGCACAUUGCCGACCCAUCAGCUUACGGUAUCUAUAUUCUGGAUCGGCGGUAUCGUGGGGUGGAUGAGUCCUGUAAUCAGCUGACGUCUUUCCUGUUUCAGUUCUGUCAGCAGAGCCGCAGGCAGAGGAUCAUUCAGAGGAACAGGACAGAGCGCCUCAGUGACUUGCUAGAUUGGAGAUAUUUGGGCAGGUAUUAUGUUUCUGCCCGCCAUAUGGCUUUAGCGAAAGCUUUCCCGGACACCUACAUCUAUGAGCCUCAAGAACCCACUUCCGCCACAGGCUUCCGUUACCCGCGGCCCGCCUCAGUUCCCCCAUCUCCCGCCCACUCGCUUCACUCGUCUCCUCAUCACAGUGAGGCUGAAGAUGAAGAGGAACCGUAUGAUGAAGAUCUAGAGGUGGAGAAAGACCGGGUCAACAUCCGCCAACCGUUCAACUUGCCGAACCGGAACAAGAAUCAGACAGUUGGUCUUCCUGAGAAAAACUAAAACACACCCCUACAUGCAUACAUACACGCACUGCUUAUACUGUGAGGCACUUACAUACACUGUGACACACACACACACAC